AUGGAAGAAUACCAACAUCCAUUAUUCUUUGAAGCUAAGGAGCUGACAGAUGGAGAGAAGAAGAAAAUCAGGAGACACUUUCAGAAAAGGCGAGAUUCUGGUGGUGGUGAUUGUGGAGUGAUUGAAAAGGUUAGAGACAACACCUAUAAAAUCUGCUUUAAGGAAAAAGAAGACCAGGAAAGGGUUUUGCAGAGGAAGUUUCACACUAUCUCACUUCCUUCUGGGGAGCUUGAUCUGAUUGUGAGCCGAACCAAUUCACCUCAGACCCCUAAACCCUCUGACAAGCCAUCUCUUAGUCACUUACAGGUAGAGUUGGACUUUGAUGAAGAGGAGGCGGUGGUUAGGGGGGAUGUUGAGAUGGACCCUCGAGGAGCUCUUGGCAGUGUUGCAGAGACAUGGGAGCUACAAGUGGAUAAGAUCUUCAUCAGCCUUACUGAGACGUACCUCUGCUAUCAUGGGGUUGAGCCAAAACUAGGGAAAAUCCUACUGCAGGACCUCAGCUUUCUGACUGAUAAUAUCAAAGUAUACACAGAGGACGGUUAUGCUGUGGUUGUGGGAGAAGUUCAGGCUGUGAAGGAAAGAAUUGCGAUUCUGGAAAAGAGACUGCCAACCCGUAAGGAACUCCCAGUUGAGGAGAAGCAUGUCAAACUGGUAGAGGAGGAGUUUAGUAGAGAAAUGUGUGCACAUUGCCCCGAAGUAAAAAUUCUCAGAGGUAAUGUGAAUGUGAUCAUCAUGAAGGGUCCUGACAAGGAAGUGGAGCUAGGAGUGACAAAACUGGAAGAACUGAUGAAAAAGAUAAAGGAAAAGAGAGUUAAGCUCUCUACAGCUUUGAUGACCUUCAUGACAUCCAGUGGUGUCAUCUCCAAGUACCAGACUCACUUCCAGCACAGCCUCAGAAACCCUGUUGCCCUAGAUGUUGGGUCAGACCUGGUACUGUCGAGUUUGUCCUCUGAUGCUCUGGAUGAGGCUGAGACAGCAGUGCUGAGAGAACUGAGUGAGGUCAAUGUGCAGCUGCAGGGUGCUUCAGCUGUACCUCCAGAUCUGGACCAAGUGAAGGAAAUCCUGAACAAAGCCAAAAACAAGGCAAACUUUCGAGAGUUCAGAGUGGAUGUCAACUUCAUCCCAGAUACCAGUGGAGCUGCAGUGACCAAAGUACGACUGGUGGGCUACAAUGAAAAUGUGAACAAGCUGAAAGAGGUCCUGCAAGAUUACCAGAUGAAUCAGAUUGACUUUUUGCAGAACGUUGAUCCACCAUGCCCCUGUGAAGUGCAGAUGAGGUGUAUUUCUGAUAACAAUGAGCAGGCCGGGGGAGCAGGUGAAAAUGUUAUGUACCACCAGACAACCCAGGACAACUUGCCAAGGAGGAUUGUCCUGCUGGGAAAAACUGGAAGUGGGAAAAGCAGCCUGGCUAACACCAUAUUUGGAGAGGAUGUGUUCAAAAUCAGCCAUGGUGCCAUCUCUGAAACCAAUAGCUCUCACGCAGUAACCAAAUGUGCAGAUAGAAAAAGCAUCACAUUGAUUGACACUCCCAGUUUUUUUGACACAUGUAGGUAUGAGAAGGUGCUCAAGACUGAUAUAGUGAAGUGUAUCACUGAGUGUGCUCCUGGGCCUCAUGCUUUUCUCAUUGUGCUUAAAGUGGAGAAAUAUACUGAGCAGGAGAAGGAUGUCAGCUCAAGGAUAAACCAACAUUUCUCAGAGGAAGCUUUCAAAUAUGCUGCAGUUGUCUUCACUCAUGGUGAUCAGCUCUCUGAGGGAGUACGAAUUGAGGAGUUUGUCAAUCAAAGUGAAGAUCUGAAUGAUCUGGUGAAGAAGUGCGGGGGCCGGUGCCAUGUCUUUGAUAAUAAAUACUGGAAGGAUAACAAAGACAGCUACAGAAGCAACCAAUUCCAGGUGGCAGAGCUACUCAAGACCAUAGAUAAAAUAUCUGAGGCAAACAAAGGGAGUUGCUAUACCAACGAAAUGCUAAAAGCAGUCAAAACAGAAAUAGAGAGAGAGGAAGAACAAAUUAGACUGUCAUUAGGAAACAUGACACAGGAAGAGAUACGAAAUCAGACUAAAAUCAGUGUUUCUGACAGAUUGUGGGUCAGAUUUGCGGGUGUCGCAACAGGUGCACUGUUAGCAGCUUUACUUGGCGUAGCAGAAAGAGCAAUGGUUGGAUUGGCUGUCAAAAAAGAUUUAAUAAUGGGCGGUCAGAUAGGAUUUAAUGCAGCAGAAAGAGCAGAAACUAUGAGCGAAGCUGCACAGAAAGCAAUUGAGGCUGUUUGCAACCAAGCUGCCAAAUGA